UUUAUUUAUUUUUUUUUUUUUUUUUUUUUUUUUGAAAUAUAAAAUAUAUUUCCAAUUCUUUCCAUCGAAAAUGGCACCAAAAAGAAGCCGAAAAUCCCGCCUGAACUCCCUCACCCUUCCCAGUAGCGAUACGAAAACUCUCAAAAAAUCUGGCAAAUCGAAUAUUUCUCUAAAGACCUCCAAGAAAUCGUUGAAAAUCGAAGAAAUAUCCUCUGAAGGUCAGAGCAACAAUUAUGAGAGCGUCGACUAUGAAGCAGAACAAAAUGAAGAGGGAUCGUCGCAAAAUAUCCAUGCCAUGCUGUCAAGAACCUCUUUGCUUCUCUUGGAUUAUCGGCAAUUCAAAGCGGCCCGCUGUAUUCAGCGUUUUGUGCGAGGCUGGUUGGCCCGCACCCGAUUUCGGCGUCUAAAAUGGGCCACCAUUAUCAUACAAACGGAAUGGCGUCGUUUCCAUGCCUGCCGUUUGUAUUACCGCAAAUUGGAGGAUUUGGUUCAGCAAAGGAUCGAAGAACACUACUACAAGUCAGCUCAAAAAAUCCAGGCCCUCUGGCGUGGUUGGUGGGUUCGUGAGCACAUUCACGAUCACACAAAGCUGGUGCGCCUACAGCUAAUGGCUGGAGAGGAUUUAUUGCACUGUGUGGCCUUUAAGCUACAUCAUUUGCUGCGGACCCAUCAAAUACCGGGAGUCUAUUCGCUGAGGAACUCAAGUGCCCUUUCUAAAGUAGAGGCCCUGUUGGCUUCCAUGACCUUUAAGACCUGUACGGAACGGGUACGUAAGGCCCAUGAUUUUCGUCAAAAUCAAAUAAAGGAGGGUCGAAAACAAUUUGAAAAGUCGGCUCAUGGUACCCGCCUACCUUUCCCUGGGCCCAAUAUUCACAACGCUUGUAUGCCCAAAUGUAUGCCACUGUAUAAUGAAAAGGAUGCUGAUCGUAGAAUGAAUAAAAUCCUGCGGAUGUAUGAGGAGGCCAGCCGGCGUGAUCCCAGGAUCAAGAAUGUGAAACGGAAGUCGAAAUUUUCCCAACAAUAUCGCGGCCUGUGUAAACCCGAACCUACCACAUUCUGUGGCGAUGUGGUGCGCAGCAUGAAAAAAUGGAAAAUCCUUAAUGACACCAACUUGCAAGUCGAUCCCAAUAUAUUUCAGAGUCCGGAAAAUGUUGAAAACUUCCUCAAGGAAAUCAAAUCAUGGUGGAGUUUAUUACACGGUAACUGCCAUUGUUGCCAGACGAAUUUGAAGGAAGUGGCUGAAAAAGAAGAAAGAAAACUGAAAAUAAAAAUUCACUAAAUUUUUUGUUGUCUGGUUGGCAUGGAAAUAAAAUAUCUUCCGUUUUUUUUUUGUUUUGCUAAUAAAUGGUGUGGAAAAAUCA